UUUCGCUCAAGUGAAUUUCUAUUGUUACACAUGCUUUUAGUUUCAUCCUUCAGUAUCAUCCAACUUUCAUCAGUGGAAUGUCAUCCAUCUAGAGUUUUGUGUCACAUCUUACAACACCUUUGCUGUCUGGUUGGAUUCCUUGAUUUUUGCUCAGGUCUAUCUCUCACUUUCAUUUCUGAACUCUGACGCUUAAUUUCUCAUUCUUCAGGUGUUGCUCCACCUCUGUCCGCAGAUAAGAGCCAGUGUUAAAUGUGAUCUUAGUCAACUGAAUUUUGACCUCUCCCUGCAGUGGCUUCAGGUACUUUUGGACCUUCAGUUGUGGUAACAGGUGUGCUUUUUUUCAGGGUAGAAUUAUUGUAAAAAAUGUAAAAAGUAAAUUACAAACACAUUUUGUCAGAAAAGGGUUUCUCUACAAUUCAGCUUCGCACUUCUUACAACAUCAGUGUGUUACACUUCAGUCAGAUUUCUGUAAUACACAUAAUUAACAGUUCACUUUAUCAAGCCAUAGAUGGCCAUAGUCUGUUAUCUUCACCUUCGUCAUCCAUUAUUAACUGGUACAUGACCUUCGUAGUGGCAGCAUCAGUCUAGUGUUGCAGCACUUGUUCAUGCCAGAAAUACAGCAACUUCCACACGCAGUGAGGAUUGUUCCGUUUCCUAAAAGUUCCAGGAAGCCGCCAUCACCUUAAACCAGGAGUUAGUCACUAAACUGAAAAGAUUAAAAAAAAGGUUUACAGCCGCUCAUUCUGUGAUCACCUCAGAGGUAAGAAGGCUGAAGCUCAGCAGCUGAUUGUCAUCAAAGAAAAGAUCAAAAAAGAUGACCCGCAGCGGUGAGCACGGAGCAACAUGGAGGUCGCUGAAGGUGUGAACGCUGCCACGCCCACGGAGGAGAUGAACGGUGCUGGGAACCUGAUGGACUUCCUGGAUGAGCCUUUCCCCGAUGUGAGCACGUACGAAGACUUCCACACCAUUGACUGGCUGAGAGAGAAAUCCAGGGACACGGACCGCCACCGUAAGAUCACCAGCAAGAGCAAAGAGUCCCUCUGGGAGCUGAUUAAGAGCCUGCUGGACGCCUGGUCGGGAUGGGUGGUGAUGCUGCUCAUCGGCCUCCUCUCAGGGACGCUGGCCGGCGUGAUCGACCUCGCCGUGGACUGGAUGACGGACCUGAAGGAGGGUGUGUGCCUCUCGGCGUUCUGGUACAGCCAUGAGCAGUGCUGCUGGACCUCCAACGAGACCACGUUUGACGACCGGGACAAGUGCCCACAGUGGCAGAAGUGGGCGGAGCUGAUGACAGGCCACGCCGAGGGAGCCGGAGCGUACGUGCUGAACUACUUCCUGUACAUCCUAUGGGCUCUGCUCUUCUCCUUCUUGGCGGUGUCGCUGGUGCGAGUGUUCGCUCCGUACGCCUGCGGGUCGGGAAUCCCGGAGAUCAAGACGAUCCUCAGCGGCUUCAUCAUCCGGGGCUACCUGGGGAAGUGGACCCUGCUGAUCAAGACAGUCACGCUGGUGCUGGCCGUGUCGUCGGGCCUGAGCCUGGGGAAGGAGGGUCCUCUGGUCCAUGUGGCGUGUUGCUGCGGAAACCUCUUCUGCAGCCUUUUCUCCAAGUACAGCAAGAACGAGGGCAAGAGGCGAGAGGUGCUGUCGGCAGCGGCGGCAGCUGGAGUGUCGGUGGCGUUUGGUGCGCCCAUCGGAGGAGUCCUGUUCAGUCUGGAAGAGGUCAGCUACUACUUCCCUCUGAAGACUCUGUGGCGCUCCUUCUUCGCCGCACUGGUCGCGGCCUUCACGCUGCGCUCUAUCAACCCAUUUGGAAACAGCCGCCUGGUGCUCUUCUAUGUGGAGUACCACACGCCGUGGUACAUGGCCGAGCUGGUGCCCUUUAUCCUGCUUGGCGUCUUCGGUGGCCUCUGGGGGACUCUCUUCAUCCGGGCCAACAUCGCCUGGUGCCGGCGGAGGAAGACCACACAGCUGGGGAAGUACCCGGUCUUGGAGGUGAUUGCCGUGACGGGGAUCACUGCCCUUCUGGCUUACCCCAACCCAUACACCCGCCGCAGCACCAGCGAGCUUAUCUCAGAGCUCUUCAAUGACUGUGGCGCGCUCGAGUCGUCGCAGCUCUGCGAUUACGUCAACAACCCCAACAUGAGCCGGCCGGUGGACGACAUCCCGGACCGCCCGGCGGGACCUGGUGUCUACAACGCCCUGUGGCAGCUCACCCUCGCACUCAUCUUCAAGAUCGUUAUCACCAUCUUCACCUUUGGCAUGAAGAUCCCCUCGGGUCUCUUCAUCCCCAGCAUGGCGGUCGGGGCCAUCGCCGGGCGGAUCGUCGGGAUCGCCGUCGAGCAGAUGGCCUACCAUCACCACGACUGGAUCAUCUUCAAGAACUGGUGCCGGCCCGGCGCCGACUGCGUCACGCCGGGACUGUACGCCAUGGUGGGAGCCGCCGCCUGCCUGGAGUGGCUGCGUCUCCUGGGCAUCAUCACCAAGAAGGACGUUUUGCGUCACAUGGCCCAGAUGAUGAACCAGGAUCCAGAGUCCAUCAUGUUCAACUAGCGUGAGAGGCGGGUUUACUGCCCUGAUGGUGUAAAUAUGUCAAACUGGAAAGAUGACGCCACGCUGCUCUGCUACCUGUGAAAAGCCCCUCCCACCUCCCUCGAUACCCCCCCAAGUGGCAGGAACUCCUUUAAAACAUAGUGAAUCCACCUUAACGUUGUUCAUUUGCUGCUGCUUGUUCAGUUUAGAGAUUCAGAUGAAGGGAAACUGCAACUUCAGGGCAGUGUGUGUGUGUGUGUGGAGUGAAUCGCAGGGUUAACGAUCAUCUCUGAUUAUAUUUAAAUGAAAUUUGGACCUCUGAGGCUCCGUGAUGAUUGUUUUUAUUGAUUUAUGGUGUAGGUUUUAGAGAUGAUCUCAUUCAGAAGGGUGUCUUUAUUCUGCCUAGCUUUCCUCUCUUUUGGAGCGCAAACGACUCUGUGUGUUAGAUGUGUAUAUUUAACCCUAAAACACUCAGACUUUAUAAAGAUUUAUAAAGUUUUAACAUAUUUGGUGAAGUGCUAUUCCCCAAAUUUCCAGAUCCAGACCUGUUGAGUGAUCUUCAGGCCCGAAACGUCAACAUAUUUAGAAACUUUAGCUCUUCUUUGAAUCCAAAUUCAACUUUAUCGGUUAAGAAAAUGCACUACAAGUAUCUAUGAAACACACACACUUCCGAAUGAGAUGAUAUUCAUUCAUAACUGGAAAAUGAUCAUGUGUAUCUUUAAAUCUGGAGGUGAAAUGGGACCAGCUGUGAGGGUCACACACAUCUGGAGCUGAUUUUAUUUGAAGUUGAGGACUUUGUUGCACUUUGUCUUGUUUUGUUGUACAUGUUGCUGCCAUAUUUAUAUAUUACUGCUGCCUGUGUUCAUGCGUCUGGUGGACAUGCCAGCUCCCUCAAACACUAAACCUUGUUUGUUUGUUUGUUUGUUUUACUGUAGCAUUGGUUGUUCUUCUAAUUACCAGCCAAUCAGAUUCUUUGCACAGAGAGGAAAUCACAAAGCUCUCCAACUAAACUCCACCCAUAAAAAUCAAAAAGCAACCCUGAUCUUAGAGGAUGGGUGUGCACCUCUGAACCGCUUCCAGUCAUCUCAGUUGUCUUCCUCAUAGAGACGACCUCCCCUGGACCCUGAAUGACCAGCUUUGACCUCGGUACAUAUCCAUAAAGUUGUAGUUUGAUGACUUUUGGAAUAGUUUUGGGGUUUUCACAAGUUUAUCAGAUCAGAGAAGAGCUUUAAGGCUUCUUCCUGGUUGAAUUUCAGUGGGUAAGGAGUUAAAAUGCUCUGUGGUUGUUAUGUUUGACCUGAUUGCACAAAGAUUUAACAUCUAAUUUAACACCAAACCAGAAAACUUAAAAAGCAAACAGCGUCCAUUAGAACAGCUCCCAGAGCAGGCAGCUCAGAGUGUUUCUUUCCUGCACUGCAGGAGGGGAAGUUGCUGCUGAGUCAUUUAAUCCACAUUAUUUCUUUGGUACUACAUUUAUAUUUGAUAUUAAUGAUCAAAGCUGUAAUCUGCAGGAGAGACGGCGGCUGCAGCAGAUUUUACCCCUAAAGCAGCUGAAAAGAUCUUCUCCUUGUUGAGGAGAUGGUUUGAAGACAUCUGACGUUUUAUUUAUUUAUUCAGUGUUGAAGGUGUUUGUUUUGACUCGUUUAAAGAGAAGAUGGUCACUGAAGGACUUUUAGAGAGCUGUGUCCAAAUAUCAGUGGUGCUGGAAGCGGUCCAGAGCUGCACGAGGAGGCGAUGGAAUGAGCUUCGUUUCCUCCUCUAAGUUCCUAUUUAACAAUAUGAAACCUGCUUUAGUUGCUCUAAAGGCUCCCACACAUACUCACAGGCCCUAGUUCCAGUUCAAAUAAGCUAAUCGAUCUCUUUCUUUUAAUCACAAACUGGAUUUAAAGACAAAGCAAAGGGAAAAUGUUGCCAAGUCACUCAUAAUUAAAGGCCAUGUGAGCGACGCUUUGCUUUUCACUCUAGUGAAUCAUCUAAGAGAAGCUAAGUCAGAGAAACGGUGUGCGUCUGCGUGUGUGAGCCUUUAAAGCAGUGGUUUCAUAUCCACCAGUCUGAUGCUGCUUUAACACUUUAAGGUACUGUGAGAUCCCGUUAUGUAAACUGACAUUAACUAACUGUUACCAUGUGAGGAUGUGAUAAUGUGUCCACGAAGGUCAUUUUUAAGCUGAUCUGAGCGCGCUCAGUGCUCGUUGUGUUUGUGUUGGUGUGGAAAGACACGGGUGCUUCUGACACUCCACACAGACGAGAACCUUUGAGGGAAACUCGUUCGUUUAGUGUUUUCUUUGAGAAAUGCCAACAGAAUGUACCGGAAAGCUCUCUGUGCUGUAAAUACUCAACGUUUAGUGUUUGCUAAGUUAGUGCGUUUCAGACAGGAUAACAUCAACUCCACGUUUUAUUUGAAUGGUGGGUGGUUAUGAGGUAGAAAUCACACAUCUGCACUUUUGUUUGUGGGCUUUGGAAAUAAAGGGACUGAAGAACAAAUGAAAACUUUGAACUUAACCUCAGAAUAAACUCGACUCUGAGUCCUCCUUCCCUUUUUUUAAUUUAUUUUUUACUUAGAAGCUUUUAAAAACUCUAAUCACACAGAAUCAACAGUAAUUUAAUCAAAACUGGAUCCAUGUUUUAAAAAAAUAUUAAAAAUAUUUACUCACUGUUUCACAUCAGUGGGAUCAGUAAAGCAUCCAUCUGUUUAAAUGAACUGGAUUAGUCCACCAGAUGGCGCUGGUCGUUCAGACCUGACAGGCCUGUCUGUUUCCUGCCACAGUCCAAACACGUCCACAUUAGCUUCACCUAAUUUAAGUGUGGUUAUUUCUCUGACUUCACCUGUCGCCGUGGGAUACGCUCCAGCCCCUCUGUGACCUUACAAAAUAGAUACAAUAGAUCAAAACAGACAGUCUGCUCUGAAGUGAGAAGCAUUAACUCCUUUCUUAAAGAUCAGCAAACAUUAAAAUCAGCCUGAAUCCAAACAACACCAUAAAAACUGUAAGAUUAACACCACACAUUUGUAUUUAUUAAGAUUUCUGAUGUAAUACAGCCAGUAAUCUUUCAAGAAAGAGUCUGUGUCAACAAUUUGUGGACUGGACACUUCCUCCUCUUUGGUUGCUCUCUCCAUCUCCAAAACUGUAAUAAAAACUCUUCCUCUGCACUGUG